GUCUUAGAACUGUCGAAGAACUCUGUCUACAUGAACAGUAUUACACAGCCAAAUUGGAGACGACAGAUUUGGAAUUCGUCGAUGAUGAACCGGUACAAGAUCACGUAUUACGAAUACUCAAUAACGGUCAAGAUACUAGCGUGUUAACCUUAUCAGCAUUAGCGACCGUCUUUCAACGGCCAGUUGUUUCUGUUUAUCCACAUAUAAAUGACAAUGACGAAUAUUCUGAAAUACUAAAUACAACGUUCUAUCCCAGAACUCAUACAGAUAUUACAAUAAAACCAUUAAAAAUAUUGUGGUCAGGCCCUUUACCGGAAGAAGAAGAUCGUAUUUGGAGGCCUAAUCAUUUCGUUUCACUUCUUGACACAAACCAAUCAGAAGAGGAGGCUGUUUCACCACCAGCGACUACCACCACAUCAUCCAAAAUAAGUCAUCAUGUCGCUUCGUCACAGGUUACAACUAUCGAGAAAGACAUUUUAGAAAAAGAUCCUCUACGAGCUGAUGGUAAAACGGAAGAAAAUGAGAAAGAAAAGGAAAAUAAAGAUAAUGAUAUUUUAUUUACCGAAUCGUCACUUUUAUCGAGGCAGAUAUUUAAUGAUGCUCCUUACAUUAUUAAAGAAAUUAUUAACGCACAACAAAAUAGCAUUGCUCUUGAACCACCAAAAUUAGUCAUCGAAUCUUCAAUAUUUAUUGUUCAAUAUAGUGAAGAAAAUCGUAUGUCUAUUGGAAAAGAUGGCAAUGGAGCUUGGAUUUUAAA